AUGACUGAAAAUAAUCAGUACAGAUGCGUUAACUGUGGCGAAGCAGCCACUGCACUUUACAGGACAUAUGGACCAUCGGUCUUAAAGCUUACUAAAUGUGAAAGCUGUAAAGGAAUUGUAGAUAAAUAUAUAGAGUAUGAUCCUGUAAUAGUAAUGAUAGAUCUAGUGCUGAUGUCAAGGGAAGCCCAAAGGCAUGUUAUUUAUAACACAGAAUUUAAGCUAUAUUGGAAGCUGUUCAUAGUCUUACUAAUGCUGGAAACAUUUGCAACAUGGAGGAAUGACAGUUUGUUUACUAUAACUGUAAAUACUUUAUGCAAUAUUAAAAGUAAUGGUACGGACAAUUCAACUCAAAUUACUUUGCCGAUAAAUAUAACAAUACCCGAGCCAUGGAACAGCGGUUGUAAAGGAUGGGAUCAUCAAGAUAAAGACUCUGUGGAUCUUUUUAUUUGGGAGAAAGAUUUCUAUGUACAGUUUCUAUCUACACUCGCUGGCAUCAUAGUGUUUAUAUCAACAUCUCAUUUAAUGAUGACUCUAUUGACAUUCCAUUCGUCGAAAGAUAAAGCGCCCGCGCGCCGCGUGCUGCGGGCGCUGUGCGUGGCGCAGGCGAGCGCGCUGGCCGCGCUGCCGGCGCUGGCGUGGGCGCGGCGCGCGCGCAUCGAGCGCCACGCCACCGCCGCGCUGUAUGGCGCUGUGUUCUCUUACAGCGUGUUCAGAGUGUUAUACGAAGGACCAAGAUUGCCGACAGCAUUAGUUCUUAUUUUAAGUAAUUGCUUGAAAUAUCUUACUACAUUUUACGUUAUGCCAAUUAUAAGGAGCUUUAUCACA